CAUGGGGAAUGUGAGCCCGCUGUCCUUGUGGUUGCACAUUACAGGCUCCUGCUCUGCGCCAGGCACCAGGCCGGCCAUUUGUGGCCUGGUCCUGGCCCUUUAAGAGCCUGCAGGCUGCAUCAGAGGCCUUGCAGCCUGACAUGGUGCUGCCCAUCCUCAGGGUUUUCCCCCAGGGCUUCAGCCAUCAGCCUGUUGGAUGGCCUCCAAGAUGGUGAUAUCUGCCCAUCCCAAAAUUCUGCUGCAGCUAAUACAUAAAGGUGAGCCUGAAGGGCCAGGAGCAAGCAUCCAACAGCAGGUGCUUGAGGAGUUUCUCUGUGACCAGAAGUACAGCGAUGAAGAGAACCUGCCGGAAAAGCUCGCUGCCUUCAAGGAGAAGUACAUGGAGUUUGACCUGAACAAUGAAGGCGAGAUUGACCUGAUGUCUUUAAAGAGGAUGAUGGAGAAGCUUGGGGUCCCCAAGACCCAUCUGGAGAUGAAGAAGAUGAUCUCAGAGGUGACCGGCGGGGUCAGCGACACUAUCUCCUACCGAGACUUUGUGAAUAUGAUGCUGGGGAAACGGUCAGCUGUCCUCAAGCUAGUCAUGAUGUUUGAAGGAAAAGCCAAUGAGAACAGCCCGAAGCCAGUUGGCCCUCCUCCAGAGAGAGACAUUGCCAGCCUACCCUGAGGACCCUGCCUGGACCUGCCCCUGCCCUACCUGGCCUCCCCGCCCCUCCUCCUCUCUCCACAUCUCGCUGGCCUUCUUGACUCAUUGUGAUUUGUCUUGUUUGUUUGUUUGGUCAUUGCAGGUUUGUUUGUUUGUUUCAUUGGACAGAAUCAGUGAUCUUUUUGUAAAGCACAAACUACCUGCCUUAAAAGGGCUCUGGGUGGUGGAAUCCUGAGCCUUCAGUCCCCUCUUCACCCAUCCUUCCGUCCUCCCUCUGCAGAAGAGCUGACAUCAAACCAAAAACCACAGGGACAGGGGAAGGGCCAGAGCCAGGGCAGGGAGGCUGGGAAGGCUCUGGAGUUGGGACAAGGCUGCAGAGCCUUGUGAACAUUUCCUCUGGCAGCUCUGUGUUUCCAGCGUUCUUGGCUUGGCCCAGCUUCCUGCCGGCCACACCAUGGCCUACCACCCCAGCUGCUCUCCACUCAGUCUGUGCUUCUUAUCCUCAAUGAGGGUUCUCAAGGAGGCGACUGGAGGAGGGGAAGAGAGGAGUUUGGCAAUUUGAGCCCUUUGAGAAGGUACCGGAAGGAGCUCUCUGGCCAUGCCACCAGCAGCGACCACACUUUUACAGGCAGUUUGGAGGGCAGGUGCAGCUGCACAGGCCGGCCGUUGCUGGAGCAGGAAAGGGCUUUGGAGGGAGAGAUGGGGCCAGGGACCUUAGGGGAGGGGUCGCCUCAGUCUAGUCUCUUUUAGGAAGGAUGCUGAGGGCAAAAGGACAGGAGAAUCAAGAAUAAAAUGUUCAUGGCACAAA